AAGGAAAACGCGCUGCUGGUGCUAGGGUUUAAGCUCUCCUCUCUCUCUCUCUCUCUUCGCUUUCAUCUCUCCCCCUGUCGCUCCUCCAUUUCGUUGGGUUCUCGCUUGACGCACAAGAGAUAAACAACCAUGUCUCGGCCGGAGCUGCAAGCUCCACCUGAGAUUUUCUACAAUGAAGACGAAGCUCGCAAGUACACCCGCAAUUCCCGAAUCAUGGAAAUUCAGUCGGAGCUCUCCCACCGAGCCCUCGAGCUUCUCGCUCUCCCCGACGAUGGCGUCCCCAGGCUGCUCCUUGACAUUGGUUGUGGGUCGGGGCUCAGCGGAGACACAUUGUCGGAGAGUGGGCAUCAGUGGAUUGGUUUGGAUAUUUCCCAGUCGAUGCUUGAUGUGGCAUUGGAGAAUGAGGUUGAGGGUGACCUUCUGCUCGGGGACAUGGGUCAGGGCUUAGGACUUCGUUCAGGAGUUAUUGAUGGAGCGAUAAGCAUCUCAGCCGUUCAGUGGUUGUGCAAUGCUGAUAAGUCCUCACAUAAUCCACGAUUACGAUUGAAGGCUUUCUUUGGAUCAUUGUACAGAUGCUUAGCAAGGGGUGCAAGAGCAGCGUUUCAACUUUAUCCUGAAAACCUGGACCAGCGCGAGUUGAUUUUGAGUUCUGCUAUGCGUGCUGGAUUUGCAGGGGGUGUUGUUGUUGAUUAUCCCAACAGUUCCAAGAAACGAAAAGAAUACCUUGUCCUCACAUGUGGUCCACCAUCUAUUAGCGCUUCUACUCCCAAGGGAGGUGAAGAUGGCGAGGGUUCCUCUGACGAUGAGAGUGGUGAAGAUGAAGAAAAUCAGACAGUUUCAAACUCAGACAGGCACAGGCCGAGGAAAAAGCAGAAGACAAAUAAGAAAGGCAAGGGAAGAGAAUGGAUACUAAAGAAGAAGGAACAAAUGAGAAAAAAAGGAAAUGUUGUUCCCCCAGACACAAAAUACACAGCUCGGAAACGGAAGGCUCGAUUUUGAUCUUGCACAGUCGACGAAGGCAUUACCUCCUCUUUAGCGCUCGAAAAUACUGGCUUUUAAAGCAGUUUUUAUACUGAUCUCUCUGGGCAACGGAUUGAUAUGUCAUUCACUCUUGUAACCUCAACUAGUUUGAGAAAAGAGACUUUAUUCUGUUCUAAGAGGUAUUUGUUUAUUUGUCCAAUCUUUGGUUUGUCCGCUGAACUUGUAAAGAUUAGUCAAUUUCUCCUCGUAACUUUAAUUUUGGCCAAUUUCCCUCCUCAAA